UGAAGAGAGAAUGUCAUUAAGACAUAAAAACACGGGUCAGUGGGCUAGGAAUAAACAGAUUAAAGCCAAGUAUAAUAAGGAAACACGACAAAUACUUACUGAACAAUUGGCCAUUAGUAAAGAAUUGACACAAAAAGUUAGGAGAACAGACAGUGAUGAAUCUGAGGAAGAUGAAGAAAAUAUAGAAAAUGUGGUGGAUAAAGAAUAUGAAGAAGAUAAAGAAGAUGAGAUAUUA